AUGUCACCACCCGAAAGCCUGGAUCCGUAUGCGAGGGGACGCUAUGAAUACACCCAAAAAUAUCGUAAGGCCAUGAGGAAACUUCCGCGCCAUAUGGUUACCGAAGACUUAGAGCCUGGCGACUGCCCGCUCUUUUACUACGGCUUUGGUGUUCCUCACGAUCAACUGAUUUCUUACGCCAUUCGCAAAGCUUUCAUCCCGCCGGGCACAACCAGCAUAAUGGCCUGCCUGCCUCUUAUCCCCCAUACUCUGACUAUGCUUUGCGGCGCAAGGAUUCACUUGGGCGUCACAGAGCACACCGUAUACACCUUCGUCAUAGCGCUCUAUACCAACUUUACCCUCUUGGACGACAAGCUGUCCUCCUUUGACGAGGCUGACGUCCUUCAAAUCGUCAAGCGGGAGCUCAAACUCGAGGCAGAAGCAGAACCUCUGUGGUACUGGGAUGUGAGCACCCCUCGGGAUGAAAUCCUUCAGAUGGCGAAAGCACCGCGCAAAAAGAAAACGCCACAGAAGAGCUUGCAAGGUCAAGAAAACCUCGCACCGAACAAACCGUCGGAUACGCAAGCGGUUCAGCCCACGCUCGCGUAG